AUGGAAGCAGGCGUUUACAUCACACCUUGGGGAAGAGAAAUUUGGAAUGUUCGGAUCGUGGUGUUGGUUUCUCUGUAUACCAACAUCGCGAGAGAUGGCGGCUGUCGACACACAAGCGUGGAAGUUGUUUCUGUUGAUUUAAUGACAGAAGGCAUGCACAGCUAGAGUGGAGUCGCUUCUCCAUUCGGGGAAUGGCAGACGACAGCUUGGCGCAUGCGCAGCUCAGCACAGCGCAGACCCGAAAUAAAUCCUCAUUGCGAGCGAAGGAGCCGGCGCCUGAGCCUUGAAUAUGUUGCCUCUGCCAGAGAUGGGCACGACUUGGGACACACUGCACAAUGAACAACCUCGCCAUCAAAGUGCAGUCCACUGGACAUGUUGCACACCAUGCAGCAGGCUGAAAGGCGACUCAAGAUGACUCAAGAUAGCUAGAGCAAGAAGUGGCUCUUGGGUAACAGUGUAGGCCGCUGUACCUACAUUCCUACAACAUGCAGGCUUUCUCUUUCUGCUCUUAUGUUGACCUUGCUUUCAUUGCCAGAAAAAGUCACCGAAGAUUCGAGUACAAUUCAACAAACUGUCACACAAAGAGAGCGAAGGAGAGAAAGCAAUAUACAGACAUGGACAUUGAUGAAGAUGACAUUGAUGGAAAAAGAAACUACAACAUUGAGGAAAAGCUACUCAAAAACAAUUAUACUGGCAACUUUGUACAAGUUCUUAAGGGAGAAGAAUUCAACAUGAAGUAUAUGCAAGAGAAUGGAUUGGUCAACCCUAUCAUCAUCUAUGAAAAGACAGGUCUAGGAAUGAGGGUUCCCAGUGAGAAUUUCCAAGUUACAGAUGUUAAGCAGUGUGUCGGUAGCAGACGCAUGCUCGAUGUCAUGGAUGUCAACACCCAGAAGGGAAUGGAGAUGUCUAUGAAAGAGUGGGUGCGCUACUACCAAAACCCUGAACGAGAUCGCCUACUCAAUGUUAUCAGCCUGGAGUUCAGUCACACUCGUUUGGAGAACUAUGUCGAGUCACCUACACUGGUGCGUCAGGUUGAUUGGGUGGACCGGGUAUGGCCACGCCAUCUGAAAGAGUGCCAGACAGAAGCUACAAACAUCAUCGACAGGAUGAAGUACCCUAAAGUACAAAAGUAUUGCUUGAUGAGUGUAGCAGGAUGCUACACAGACUUCCAUAUUGACUUUGGUGGCACGUCAGUUUGGUAUCACAUUCUGCAUGGUGAAAAAGUGUUCUGGCUAAUUCCUCCCACACCUGACAAUGUGGAGCGUUAUGUGCACUGGAUUUUGUCUGCUAAGCAAGGUGACUAUUUCCUGGCUGAUGACAUGGACCAGUGUCAGAUGAUCAGACUGUAUGCAGGGAACACCUUCAUCAUUCCUUCAGGAUGGAUUCAUGCAGUAUACACACCUGUGGACUCCCUUGUAUUUGGAGGCAAUUUUCUCCACAGUUUCAACAUUUCCAGUCAACUGGUCGUAGCAGAGGUAGAGGACAGGACACAUGUACCACAAAAGUUUCGCUAUCCCUUCUUCAACGAGAUUCUAUGGUAUGUUCUUGAUCGUUACCUGUGCUGUCUCACUGGGAAAACAUACCUGCAAAAGCCAGACAUAAAGGAUGAGCCUGAUGAUCAUCCUGACUCACCAAUGAUUGAUGAGGAUUCAAGACCACCCUCCCGGAAUCCCGACUCACGACCUCCCUCUCGAAGUUUGGAUGAUGCAGUCCCCUUUGAUACACGAGUGAAGGUGGAUGGAGAAAAGCUGUCCAAGUCCAUCACCAUUGAGCUCACUCGCAUCGAUGAUACAAUGAAAACAUCGGCCUUGGAUGAAGAAAACAUGAAACGGCUUUCUCGAAAAUGUGCUUCAGAAACCUCCCUUCCAGAAAGCGUUCACCAGGAGCAAGGAGAAGCAGGUGUGGAGUCUGAGGAGAAAGAAAAUACUUUCAAGAUAGAGGAAGGUGCAGGGGAGACCAAAGUCAGACAAGCUGUGUAUCUCACAAAGUUUGAAGUGGAAGGACUGAAAAAGCUCAUCAAAUGGGUGGAUGGACUAAAUAGCUGGCCAGCCAGCAAAAGGGGAGUCCCCAAGGACUUACUAGAUCCAGAGGCAUUGCUGCAUGACAUUAAGUUGGCAGUGGAAGAACAUGAGAAUGAUGAGCCUAAGCUGGCUUGCACUGGAGAACCUCUUCUUGGUUGGCCGGAAUCACCAUUAAAGAAAAUAAAACCUCGGGUUCGUGUGUAUGGCUCUGGGCUGAAGGUCAAGGUGCCCAAAGGAUCCAGUGGAGGAGCUUCUUCAAUCAGACGCCGUCGAACUCGCUGUAAAAAGUGUGAGGCCUGCACGCGUACUGAGUGUGGAGAAUGCACUUUCUGCAAGGACAUGCGCAAGUUUGGUGGGCCUGGUCGCAUGAAGCAGUCGUGCAAGAGUCGUCAGUGCAUGGCACCAAUCCUGCCUCAUGCAGCUGUAUGCAUGGUGUGCGGACUUGCUCGACGCCCAGAUUAUGCCUCUAUCCAUAAAGAGGAGGAGGAGGAGGAGGAUGACGACAACCCCACAUCUUCGUUGAUGGAGUGCGGCAUCUGCUGGGAAAUUGUACACCCACAGUGUCAGCGGGAAACAUUUGAAAACACAGAUGUAGAUGGUGUCAUUAAUGAGGAUUUGCCAAGUUCUUGGGAGUGCAUCAAAUGUUGCAAUGCUGGCAAACAAGGCCAGCUGAAGCCAAGACAGUGGAAAGGCUUUGGUCCCAGACCUGCAGCAUUUGAACAAAGAACUCCAGUAUUUGACCAGCGCCGCUUGUCAACUAACAGUGAGGACAGCACAUCACCCAUCCCUGAAACUAUUCAGCAGUCUGGUUCUGCCCUUAUAAAGCAGGAGAAAAUAGAGACACCUGAGAGUCCAAAGAGUCCUGUUGAGGGCAAGAGGGUGACAGCCAAAGAGGGACUUUCUACCAAGAAAGGACCCCACAAGGUGAAACCCCAAGUGACUAAGAAAGAAAAGCUACUGCGAAAGGCACGCAAACUUGGUGUUGAAAAAAACAAGAUUGUUCCCAAGAUGGCACGAAAGCUGCUUGCUGCAACAAAACACAAGACAUCCACUUUCACCUCAUGGAUGUCCCAAUCCUCACCGCCAUCAUCAUCAGCAUCAUCCCCAUCAAGCCAUCAACGACAGGGGCGGCAGUCCAAGCGUGCAUCUGACAUGGAGGGAGGAUCUGCAGUUGACAGCUCUGGUAGCAAACGUCCUAAGCGAGAGGGUGUGGACCGCAGUCAGGAUGCAGGGGACACCACUAGUGGCAGGGCAUCCAGAGACCACUCUCCAUCCUUGAAAAAGCUUCGGUCACGACAAAAAGGCAAUGAGGAAUGGGAAUCUGGCAGCACAAUCAGCCCAUCUCCUGGGCAUUCACGUUGGGAUGAAGCACGACUGACCGAAGAUUCCAAAGCAGGCAGCUCACGGCAUGCUGGUGCUGGUACUGGUGGGGCUGCUGGAGGAGCAGGAAGCAGCGGGGGAGGUGGUAGUGGUGGUAUGUCUUCACAAGCUCGUGGGAGCAAUGGCAGCAGUCGGGCAGGUACACCAGACAAAAUGGGUCAGUUUGCUGGUAGUUUUACAGGAUCAGGGAGCAAGUCUCGGGGCCAGGAUUGCAACACGGAGUCCGCAACAGGCAAAGAUCUCAGGGGAGUGAAAGAAAUAUUUGUAGUACGACCUGCUGCAUUGUCUUCACCACCAGAACAUGUGCUGUUGGCAACAGGUAAAGCACAUCGCCUGGAACGACAGCACUGGAUGAAGGUGUUUACGCACCUGGCACCAUCUGAUUUGUCUCACUGUCUGCAGGUGUGCAAAGCUUGGAAUCGGUGGUGCAUUCAUCCCACACUGUGGCGGUCCAUAGACUUGUCAAGAACACAAAUCAAGCAACAGCAUCUUUGUGGCAUUGUGCUACGACAGUCCAGCAAGCUAAACCUCAGCAAUGCUUCCAUCUCCCGCAAACAGCUGGCCUGGCUCGUGGCUCGUCUGCCACAACUGAAGGAGCUCAACUUGUCUGGCCAGCCGUGGGCUGCAGUCAGCGCCCUUUGUUCUCCCUCCACACCCCUGCUACGCAAACUGGUUCUCAGCUGGACCACUGGUCUUCUGCAGCCUUGCUUUCAGGAACUAGUGGAGCCCCCUGUAGGUGUCAAACCAGGAAUAUCGCCCAAUCUCAGUCGACUUCAUCAGCUGCGCCACCUAGACUUAGGGGGAACAGAAAUCAGCGAUGCCUCUCUUGGGCUGAUCUCGGAUCACCUGGGGCUACUUGAAGUGCUGAACUUAACCUGUUGCAUGCGCAUUACAGACAUGGGGCUAGAGGCUCUGGCCUGCAAGGGACGACCCCUUGUGCUUUCGCUCAAGGAUGUGUGUUUGUGCCGCUGUCUUGGCUUAACUGACAAGUGCUUUCUUUCCCUGAUGGCUCUGCAGAGAUUGCACUCACUUGAUGUAAGCAAGAUCCCUCACCUCAGCCGUACAGCCUGCGGCCACUUCCUCCACCAGUACUCCUACAGGAAGUUGCAAUAUUCAGGCUCUGGAGUCUUUAUGGCGGUGGAAUGAAGGAGGUUAUCUCCCUGCAAAUCUGUGCAUCCCCAGUGUUUGUGUCUAUAAACACCAUAUACUCCGUUGAACAAAAGUUAGCUUACUAUAGAUUUGUUGCUGGAGGCUUGUGCCAGAAAAAAGCUGCAGUUAUAUAAUUUCUUGAAAUGAUGGAAAGAACCCUGCAGACUGCAAGUUGUAAAAAAUAAAAAACAUGCUAUCUCCCUUAGCUGUUCUCCACUACGCCCUUCAAUCUCAUGGUGAUAGAUCAACAUGUAAGUCGUUAAUUCUUUAAUGGCAGAGACUUUCUACUGAUCACUUGGUAAUGCAAACUGUACAUUUUAAGUACAUUAAAGGUGAAUAUACUCUGUUAAAUUUUAGAAACCAAGGAAAUUGUCAAAAUACAAAUGUAAUCAUGUAGGGACAGAGAUUGUCAGUAUAUGUAGUACAUAUUUCAGUUGCGCACUUUGGAACUUUUUAUUUUCCCUUUCUUCACAAGAAUUAGAGAGUUGUAUGGCAGCAACUUUUAUCUCCCCUUUCACCAGAACCAGUUGGCAGUGUCUCCCGCCUACCCACUUUGUCAGUUCCAUACAAAUGGACUUUGCACUGGCAGUCUCCUAGAUGUGCUAGGUAACCAAUCAAGUACUUAAUAUACAAAUACAGUGUUGAUUAGCUUUUGCUUUUCACCCUUAAUGUUAACCACUUGAAUUGAAACUACUUAGGAGGCGUCUUUACUCUUCUGAGUAAUGUGUGAACUCCACCUGGAGGCCUAAACAUUUAUGUCACUGUCUGCACUUUCCACCUCACUUUUUUGAGUUCCUAUCUUUCCUUCAUCAUGUAGACAGUUGGUUUGGUCUUGGCCACUAUUUUUCAUUCAUCACAUGUUUCGUAUGUUUGGCCUUGUUCAAUGGUUUUCCUUCAUCAUAUGCCCAAUUGGUUUCGGUGUUAGCCAACAGAGCUUGUUCAUCACAUAACCACUUUGUUUGGUGUUAAUCAGCAUAUUUCAUUUAUUUGAUAAGCUGGCAGUAAACUUAUACUUCCCGUCUAAACAUCUGAGUGAUGCAUGUUGGAGUGGGGAAGGAGAGAGCUGCAGAUCCUUGCUUUCUAACAGGGAAGGUAUUGCGGGACGGUCUGUAGGACUGCGUCACCAACAUAAAAUCAAGGAUGCUACCACAAGCUUGGAACCAAACAGUCCAAAGCGGUUUUUCUAUAAAAAUUUUGUGCAGACAGUAGCACUGAUGUCUUCCAUCACUUCCAGUGACGUGGACGGCAGAGGUUGGGCUCUGUCCUGUAAGUUACAAGAUGGAGUUGCCACAGAGCUGUCAAGUGUCAGGUGCCAGUUGUUUUUUUUUUUAAUCUUAUGCCAAUGCCUAUGUACGGACAAAGUACUUUUGUGUUUUUUUGGAUUAGAUCACAAGAACUUCAUUUGCUGUAACAUUUCCUUCAAUACUACAGUGACUGUCCUGACAUUCUUGCAGAUAGUGUACAUUUCCAUAUCUACAUAACACUCUGCAGCGUUGCUCAUUAUCACCAAUGACUAAGAAUUGUUAAUCAUGAUUAAAAGACAGUAAUCACAAUAUCACCAGCCUUAAUAAGCAAGAAGCAAAAAAAAGCAUCAAUACCAUAUUGAUGAUUGUUUUAAUAUUUCCUGUUAUCGAAAAGUAAAGACAAUAUACUUGUUUGCAUUGUGUGUGUGUGUGCACAUGUGCUUGUGCAGACACCAGAUUUUCUAUAUAAUAUACCAGUCACUUGCAUUUCUAAAGAUCCGUUGUCUGUUAGACUAUAAAUUGUUGUUUGCUUACUCUCCUAUAGAUGUUCUAAUGCUUUGUACUUUGCCUUCAUGUCAACACUGUGUUAAUAAAAAUCAGUUAUGCACCUG